UUUAAGGUUUUAUAAAGUAUUUACAAGACGACAAUAACAAAAUUAUGUCCGAUUACCAUUUGACGGAUGGUUGAAUGACAUUAUUAUUGUAUUGGUAUCCAUCAGCUGUUGUUCUUUGCUAUUAUACUGCGUUGGUAACGUAUUAUUAAAAAAAUAAACAUUCGGAAAACUUAUUAAUAGAAACUUUGUGUGAUCGUAUUUAUUGUUUUUUUUAUAAUGGAAGAGGAGGAUAAGUUACCACUAAAAAGAGUGGAGAUUUCUUUAACAAAAUUCAAUGAAGUGGCUAUUCCUCAUCAUUUAGAUCUGUUACGACAACAUAAGGCGAAUAUUAUCAAGUACGAGGAGCAAGGGCAGUACACGGCGGCGCGCGCGGAGCAGAGCGCGGCGCGGCGCGUGGCCGGCCAGCUGCGCGCGCUGCUGCUGGAGAUGGACGCGCUGCGCCGCCGCGUGCGCGAGCCCGACCGCGCGCGCUUCGACACGCUCACGCAGCGCGCGCGCGACACCACGCUGCGCGCCAUCGUCGACUACCUUGGUUUAAUAGAGGCCCGCUGUAGGGCGCUGGUGUGGACUUCGCGGGCCCGCGGCCCGGCAUCGGCGGAGACGUCUCCUUUGUCGAUAAACCGUGCGGCGGAGCAGACGGCGGUGGCGGGCAGCGCCGCGUCCACGGACUCGGUGGGAGUGGUGGCGCACGUGAGCCCGGAGCGCGAGCCCGGCCACGUGCUGCCGCUGCAGCUGCAGGACGUGCAGCUGCGCGUGGACGACAGCGAGGUGGCGCUGCGCGAGCGCGAGGCGCUGCUGCGCGGCUGGAGCGAGCUGCAGGCCGACGUGCGCGCGCUGCACGACGUGUGGCAGCACGCGCAGGCCGCCGCGCUGGCGCAGCGCGAGCCCGUGGCCGCGGCCGCCGCGCGCGUGGACCUGGCCGCCGACAACGUGGGCGCGGCCCGCCAGCACCUGGCGGCGGCCGAGCGCCUGCGCGCGGGCACGUGGGGCGCGGGCGGCGCGGCGCUGGGGCUGCUGGCGGGCGGCCCGGUGGGGCUGGCGGUGGGCGCCAAGGCGGGCGCGCUGGCGGCCGCGGCCGGCUCGCUGCUGGGCUACGCGGCCGCGCGCCUGCUGCGCCGCCGCCUGCCCGCGCCCGACGACCCGCCGCCCGCCGACUCCGACGUGCCCGACAAGGACAAGUCGCAGUAGCGCAGACCUGACCUGGUUCUACUCAAAUAAACAUGUCAUUUAGCACUACCUAUGUAUACAAAAUAAUAAUGUUGAAAAAUAGAUAAAAAAGGGUAAUAUUGGUACGCAGUAAUAUUAAAAAUUCGAAAGUAUGUGAGUGUGUAUGUGGAUAUGUGUGCUUGUGUUUCUUAACUCUUCAUGCCUAAACCUCCACGUUGGAGCCUGAUUGGUCGGCGGCUUCUUUAAAAGAGGGUGAAACCGCGAAAGUUGCACGCGAUUCCGCUAGCAUUUAAAUGAAUGCACAAAAUGUAUCACUUUUAACUGCUCCAAUUCUACUAUUCACAACGGCUGAUGAAUGAAUGAAAUUUGGCUUAAAGUGACAAUUUUCGUAUUCUCUUAAAAAGACUACUCUCUUGUAAAUUGAGUACGGGACGGUAAACUAAACGUCAAUACAAUUAACUUCCAAUUAUUGUAUUUCCAAAAAGCUUAAAAGAAUGGGAAUAAUUUCAGAGCUUUGAGAUAAAGAACAGGCACUAUUUUACUUCUUCAUAAAUAUUGUUCUAUUAUUAAAAUUCACCUUCACUGACAGUGUUAUUGACUAUACAAAACAAAUGUUAUAUGUAUUCUAAACUAUUUGUGGUGCUAAUUAAUUAUUUAUACUUCUAAACUUCAAUGUUAUGAAAUAUGAAAUAUGGCUCACAAUUCCUUAGUAGGCAAUUAAGAAAAGAAAAAUAAAUUAUAUGAGGUGAAUGUUCAAAUACAACAAGUCACACUAUCCCAAGGUACUUAAUUAUAUCAGUACAAGGAACAAGUUAAAAUCAAAUACAUAAUAAUAUGAUAUGUCAAAAAAACUAAGUAAUCUAAGUAUUCAUGUCGUGGUAAAUUUACUAUAAGUUAAUGUGCCUUUAUGCUUUCGUCGGCACAAGUUCAUAGUUCUAGAGGUAUAGGGCCGAGUGUAACAAAUAUAUUAUAUCAUUAGAGUAUGCUGCAUCACACUGUGAUAUAGGUAGGAAAUGUCAAUGGACUCAUGUAAAUAAAAUAGUCAAGCUUCGUAUAUCUCUGUCUUGUGCUUAUGGCUAAACUGCAAGACGUGUGAUCAUGAUCAAUGUUUUAGUUAUUGCUGUGAGCUCUCUAUCUAGUCUGACCUUGUGACCAUCCGUUAUGUAAUAAGUUAAA